AUGCCGUCCCCUUCGGCAGUCGUCCCUGGGGUUGGCAUCCAAGCCUUGAUUUUGUGCGGACCUGGAGUUUCCCUGAACACCUUCACUACGAACGAGGAAUACCCCAAAGCACUAAUUCCCUUGGCCAAUCGGCCCCUGAUCUAUUACCAGCUAUCAUGGCUGAAGAAAUCAGGCAUCACCGGUAAGGAUUCACAUCACAUUGAUCACACCCCCUCGACCGCCGCUCCUCUUCAGGCCGCUCUACAACAAAACCCGCAUCUCACCUCUCUACCGACGCCGUCGCCAUCAGUCCUUGCGCCGAAAGGUCUCGAUCUAAACAUGGGAACCGCAGAGCUACUCCGUUUGCCCGAAGUGCAAGCCUGCAUCAAGACCGACUUCCUUCUGCUUCCUUGCGACUUGGUGUGCGAAAUUCCCGGCGAGUCGCUUCUGGAAGCUUGGAUGGUCUCGCAAAGUGCGUUGGGAGGCUCGUCUACCGUCUCCGAGGGACGGAAUGCUCAUGGCCCAACAUCUUCUGGACCUGGUGGUGAGAAGGGUGGUCGUCGCGGUGGUUUGACCGUGUUCUACCAAACGCAAAACCGGGAAGAAUCGGUCAAGGGCGAGGGAACCGAUUUCGUGGCCAUCGCACCCCUCGAAGAUGAUGAGGCACCGGCAGUAUCGCAUGCCGUUGACGGCCCUGCAGCUCUGAGACACAAUUUGUCCAAGGUUAUACUGUCUAUGCCCAUGGCAACUAUCAAGGAGAAGAUGGAACAGGACAAGGGCCUACUUCUACGGCAUUCGCUUACGGAAAGACACCCUCGCGUCAAGAUGCUUAGCACUUUCCGGGAUGCUCAUCUUUAUAUAUUCCCCUAUUGGGUCAAAGAGCUGGCCCUUCGGCAAGAAAAGUUCCAGUCAGUUAGCGAAGACCUGGUCGGCUUCUGGGCAAAAGCUGAAUGGCAGCGGGGACUAGGCGAGAAGUUGGGGAUGGAUGAGAUCUUCCAUCGAGAAAAUGGCCAGCAUGCUGAGAACGGAAGCUACGACGGGGAAUCAAUAGAAGAGGAGAUUGACCUUCUUGCCAUGUCCACCACUAGCUCAAGGCCAAACAUCAAGGUGGCUCGACCCAUUCCCACCUCUUCCUUUGCAUCCCGAGUGUCCAAUCUCUCGAGCGAUGCCGAGAAACCAGAACUGAAGAUUCCUCCUCUCCUAGCUUACGUGCAGCGCGGCUCCGCGCCAUUCGUCCGCCGUGUUGACAGCAGCGCGAUCCUGCUCUCUACGGCUCUCCGUCUGGCCAAGCUCGAGUCCGUUGAAGAAGCCGGUGCGGCUGCUUCGCCCUUUGCCCUCCCUCAAAAGAUUGCACACCCCGAAGGUAUUGCUCAACGGACCACCAUCACCAAGUCUGACUGCUUGGUCGGUCAUAACACCACCGUCGAGUCAAAAUGUGUGAUCAAGGAAAGUGUUAUUGGUGCAAACGUGAAGAUUUGCUCAGGAGCGCGUUUGCAAAGGUGUUUGAUCAUGGAUGGCGCCGUCGUGAAUAGCUCUUGCACACUUACCGGCUGUAUCGUCGGACGCAGGGCGGUAAUUGGAAAGGAUUCGGUUCUGAAGGACUGUGAAGUUGGUGAUGGAUAUCUUGUUGAGGAAGAGACGGAUGCCAAAAAUGAAAAGUUUAUGAUCUUUGAGGGGUUGGAAGAUGAUGAGGAUAUGGGUAGCUCUGGGGAUUUUGAUGGAGAGGAUGAGCUUGGAUUCUAA